AUGACCUCCAGUCCGACCCCCGACACCUCCCCAAGCGGGCCUCCAAAUAUCCCAUCAGCUUCGCCUACGAUCCAACCUCUGACGCCGCAUCUCCUGCAUCGACUGUUCUGUCAUACCUGUCGGAGACGGAAAGUGAAAUGCGACAAAGUACACCCUAUUUGCGGGAACUGCGCGAAAAAUGGAACCGACUGCGUUUACGAUGCGGCGUCACAGUCUCGGCAGGAUAGCGGCUCGCGCGGCGGUCGCGAUAAGGAUGGAUAUGGCGUGAAGCGGAGAAGGGAGACAUCGAGGCAGCUUGAAGAUGAUAUCGUGGACUUGCAGUCGAUGUACGGCCGUCUGAGGCAGGCUGGGCCAUCUGAGCAGAAAUCUAUUGAAUCGCGACUUGAUAAACUCACGUCCAUGAUAGAGCGACUGAGCAAGACGUCUCAGCCGGCGGUUUCUGCGGAGCAACAACAGAUUACGACGCAGAAUUCGGGUCUGGACGUUCCUAAAGGAGAAGUACGCGCUACUAAUGGGGGUUCUCGACCCGGUAGCCCGCGGCGCACGGCUGAUUCGAGCGGUGAUGAAUUUCCAGUACCGGCCGGCCAUGCUACAGACCUCGUAGAUCCAGUGGGAUCUCUGAAUCUGGGACAUCUUAGCUUGGAAGAUGGGAGGUCAAGAUAUGUCGGCACGACUUUCUGGGCUUAUAUCUCUCAUGAGAUUAAUGAGCUUAAUCAAUUCCUUCGGGACCAGACGCACUCGCAUGAGAGCUCUCAUGCGAACGAGCCCUAUAACGAAGAGACCGUGGCAAAUGUGACAACACGCCAUUGGAUGCCCUCAGAUGAGCAUCCUAGCGUUACUGCCGGUGACAGAGAAGCAACCGGAGAUGGCAUCCAGAAUUCAAUACUGUUUUCGUUAGACGGAUCACCUUCCGCGAAGGAUCGAGCCGUUGAACCGGAUAUGCUUGAGUGCAUGCCUACGAAACGGCAGAGCCAUAUUUUAUACAAAGGCUUCAUGUCUGGGAUUCAAGCCGUCAGCCCUGUGGUCCAUCCGCCGACUGUCUUGAAACACUAUAACGCGUUCUGGGACUGGUAUGAUUCCAGCAGUUACUCGGGGGAGUCAUGUCCGGACCCGUCAUUCAUCCCACUGCUGUACGCCAUCUGGUGCGGUGGAUCAGUCACAAUUUCCUUGAGAGCAAUCAAGGCUGAGUUUAAUGGUGCAACGCGGGCAGCUCUGUCAAAAGCUUACAAUGACCAAGUUACUCGUUGGCUGACUAAAACUUCUUUCUUGCGCAGCCCUUCACUACAGGGGUUAGCUGCGUAUUUGCUCACGCAAACAAUACUCACCAAGGAGGAGGAACCACUUACUAGCAGCCUGUUCGUCAGUCUUGCAAUGAGAGUUGCACAGACUAUGGGCCUGCAUCGUGAUCCUGCGAAUUUUGGGAUUCCCCCUUCGGAGGCAGAGAGCCGCCGACGGAUGUGGUGGCAUAUCGUACAUAUGGACGGUGUUGUCUCCAUGUCCAGUGGGCUUCCUCCUUUAGUGACGGAUGAGAACUUCUGGGACGUACGAGAACCAAGUGAGUUCAAAGAUACGCUCAUAGGGACUGCCGAGGCCGACCAAUAUGAGAGGAUGGUCAAAGCUGGGUUGCGCCCUCGAGAUAAUCCCGAUGACCCAACAGUUUGUGGCGGUCCAUCUAUGGUGAAUGUUUACUACCUGGCAGCCCGAGGCAAAUAUGUCAUGGCACGCGCUGUCCGUCGGAUAAUGAGGAUUCAACUUGGAACCAAGCCUGUUACACGGCGGCACAUGGAGGAAUUGAGAUCAAUCCUCGUCGACCUCCAAGUCCAGCUGAACUCAAUAGUUGAGCGGAUUCCAGAGGCUAGACAGACUGAUUUCCCCUCGAAUACUUCCAAUAGAUCCUGGUCUUUCUCACGGUCUCCAACAGAAGGGUUGAGCAUGGAUCAGGCACUUCCGGGCGACGCGGCUCCUACCUGUACGGAGCAGUAUCAUACGCCGGUUCUUGUAGCUUAUCAUAAAUGGGCAAGGAUCGUCCUCAGCCUUUAUGUUGACAAAGCAUAUUGCGUUGCAUAUCAGCCUUUCCUUAAGAAUGCCAGGAGCCGGAUUUGGCCAGCUGCAAGACAAAGCGCACUCCGCCAUUGUCAUGGAUUCAUGGAAAAGUUCAUCUCCCUUGCCACGGACCCUGAUUUCCAGCCGUUUCAAUGGAGUUGGCCUGGGAACCACCAGCCAAUGCACGCUACUAUGAUCAUGCUUAUUGAUCUCUAUGAGCGGCCCUACAGCCCAGAGGCCCCGAAGACUCGCGCGUUCGUAGACAAAAUCUUCUCACUCACCGGGCCGGAUGGAGGCGUCGUCGGAGGCGAAGAUGGCGUAACAACUCAGCGACCUCUGAAAGACGGGGGCCGUGAGGCCUGGGAUAUGAUUCGCCGCCUGCGCCAACAAGCAUGGCAGAAAGCUGGACUCGAUCCGCAGAAGCUAUGGACGGAACAGGCACAAAUCCAAGCCGGCGUAGCAGUGCCGGACGAUUGCCUUGCGACCAACCCCUACUACCCCGGUUCCUCGGCCUAUCUGCAGCCCAUUCAUAGCCGCGAGCAACUGUUGGAUUUCUCGAAGAUGUUUUAUAGUAUGACGCGCUCCCAGGCUCUUCCGAGUAUUGCUACUGCACUUGGUACUACGGUCCCGUUGCCCAGGCCCAGUUCGUUACGCUACGAGAUACCCUCAACAACUGCUAGUGCCCCUACGGGUCAAACAAUGCCGCAUCCUGAAAACCUACACUCACCUGUACUCAUUCCGAAGUCGCCAUCCUCUCCUGCCGAUAUCAAUAUGCCUCAUCCUCAACUUCUCCACACACCCAAACCUACCACAGUCUCUCAAUCUCCUUCUUCGGGCAAUAUUCAAUUGCAAACGGCUACUGCCCCUCCGACAGGCCUGGCCCCACUUACCCACGCUCGCUCUCCCGCGCCUGCGCCUGCUCCCGCAGCUCUCCCUACUCUUCCGCCCCUGUCUAUAUCUUCAACAGCUCAAGCACAACAAUCACAACCACAACCGCAAACUACUCUCUCCUUCGUCGAUACCCUCUCACCAUCCGCACACCAAAUACCCCUAAGCGUCCCUACGCCCCCGUCAAUGGUGGACCCGAAUCUUAAUUUUGACUGGGAUCAAUGGGAUGCCGUGUUCGGGCAGCAUCUUCCUGUCUCUGAUGAUUUGAUGGAGCUUGAUCCAGUGACGGGGUUUGAGUUUGGCGAUCUUGGUGUGCCGGGGAGGACUAGUCGGACUGGGAGCUUGAAUGGAGGUGACUCUGGGAUGAAAAUGGGUGGGGCUGGCACAGGUGCUGGGAGCACUGGAAUGCGGAGUCCGGGGUGGUGUUGA